GUCCUGUGUGGGAAGAGGUAUAUAAGGAGCCAGACGCAUUGCCGGAGUCACAUCGCCCUGUUCCGUCUCACCAAUCCUGCAGAGAUGAAGUACUUGGUGUUUGUGGUGUUGGUGGCUGCCGCUUGCGCUUCUGAGGUGGAGAAGCGAGAGGCGGAGCCAAGUCGUGGCUACAGCAAUGGUUACGGUCUUCACCACCGCACCUACUACCACCCCUACCACAAGAGGUCGGCUGAAGCUGAGGCCGAAGCAGAGCCCACUUACGGCUCGUCCAACUACUACCGCCCACACCCCUACAUUCCUCCCGUCUACCGUCACCACAAGAGAUCUGCUGACCCCGUUGCUGAGGCUGAAGCCAGUUACGGCUACAGGUCAUACCAUCCCGUGCACUAUCACUCCUACCAAUACACCCCCUAUACUCACAGCCACUACAAGAGAUCUGCCGAGCCAGAAGCUGAUCCUGAUUUCCUUUAUGGCCACCACCACCCGUCCCAUAGCGGAGUUCACUAUGGUUACGGUUACCGCGCUCACCACCACUAAUCUAUUGGAGUUAAUAUGACCUGAAUGUAUCUAAGAGAGGUUUAUUUUGAAAAUUCAUAUUGAAAUAAAAUCAAUAUAAAUAUAUUUUGUUUAUGAUUUAAAAAUCCUAAUAAGAAAAUGGAACAUGUUAGCGAAAGUCAAUUAUAUAAACAACCAAAUGACACAAUAGGGAACUAUGACAGUCAGAAAUUUAAUCACAACUAGGGAAUUCUAUUUAAGUGUAUUUUACUUGAUAUUGUUUUUUUUCCUUUUCUUUUUAAGCAUAAUUAC